AUGAAGUUCACAAACGCUGUCGUUGCCUUCAACGUCGCCGCGCUGACCAACGCGCUGGCCAUCUCCCCACGUCAGAACAACUUGCAAACCUUCACGGGCGCUAUCGGCGGUGCAGCGGCUACUCCCGUCCUGAACUCCGGAAAUGCGAACCGUCCAUUUAGCGUCGGAGGCGAUACAUUUGUGAAUGCCGCGGCUGCACUACAGCGAUCUUGCGACCAGCAGUUCAACGCUUGUGCCAACUUGGCGAAUGGUGGUGAUGCAACUGUUUCAGUAGCACAGUGCACGACACAGAAGAGUAAGUUGGGAGCAUAG